CAAAAUUCUAUUCUUUAUGUUCUCUCUGAUCGCGGCUGCGCUAGGAAGAAGAAUAUCUGAUCCUGGCGUGUCAAGGAUAAACGUUUUGGUUGAUUAGCUACAGUACAUACGUACUGUAACGACUUGGCGCGGACAAGGACUGCUGGAGGGGACGAAAAUGAUGCAUCAGCAAUCCAUGAUGGUUGGAGAUAUGAUACCCGUACACUCUGAAAUACCUGUGCAUAAUAAUGAUGACAUGAACAAUGUGGCGUUUGAAAACAACAGUUCCUACGCCUAUGAUGAUCUUUUUCCUGCCUUGCCUCACUCACAGCCACCUGUACAACGCAACAUUCAACAAGUUUCCAAUAAACUGCGUGUUGGCUCUUCUCUGCACACUCAGGUGUUCCAUGUACCUUAUGAAGAAAGAAAAUUGGAUAAUGCCAAUACUUUCGGAGAAGGCGAAUCUUUAAGGACCUGUCAAGCCAUCACCAAAGAUACUGGAGCUCAUAUUGAGAUAUCUACUAGCAAGGAUGGAAGCCUUACAUUCUUAAUUACUGGAAAACAUAGUGCUGUACUUGAUGCAAGACGUCUUAUUUUAACUCAUUUUCAACAACAGGCAAGCAAGCAAAUCAAUAUUCCAAAAGAGCAUUACCGCUGGAUCCUAGGAAAACAAGGGCAAAGAAUGAAGAAUUUAGAGAAAUCUACUGCUACUAAAAUUAGUGUACCUAGCAUUGCGGACAACAGUGAGAUUAUCACCAUCACUGGUACUAAGGAGGGGAUUGAAAAGGCAGAACAUGAGAUUAGAGUUCUCUCUGAAGAACAGUCGCGGAAAGCAUUGGAACGUGUUACCAUACCGAAGAUCUACCAUCCAUUCAUCCAUGGGCCACAUGGGAAACGUGCGGAGCAAAUUACCGAGGAAACGGGAGCGCGCAUUCACAUCCCGCCCGCGUCCACGCAGAGCGACGAAAUCGUUAUCGCAGGGGAGAAGAAUGGCGUAUUGGCCGCUAAAGCACAAGUUGAGCAGAUUUAUGAAGAGAUGUCUAAGAAAUGCUCCACGGUACGAGUGGAAGUACCAAAAUCGCAACAUAAGUAUGUGGUUGGUGCCCGCGGAUUAACUAUUCAGGAAAUAUUGAAAGAAACUGGUGUAUCUGUAGAAAUGCCACCUCCUGAUUCUCCUACAGGAACAAUUACCCUCCAUGGACCACAUAAUAAGAUUGGAUUAGCGCUAUCUAAGGUUUGUGAAAAGGCCAAUUCUGUAAAAACCGCAACCGUAGAUGCACCAACUUGGAUUCAUAAGUACAUAAUUGGCAAAAAUGGCUCCAACAUUAAGAAGAUUACCCAAGAUUUCUCAAAGGUGCAUGUUGAUAUAACACAUUCAGAAGACAAAGUUAAAAUUGAUGGACCCCCAGAAGAAGUGGAACGUGCCCAAGUGGAAUUGGAUGAGUUUGUCAAAAAUUUACUUGCAACACUUACUUAUGUAGAGUUGUCCGUUGAUCCUAAGUUCUUUAAGCAUAUUAUUGGCAAGAGUGGAUCAAACAUUAACAGACUGAAGGAAGAGACUGGUGUAGUUAUUAAUAUUAUUGAAAAUGAAGGAACCAAUGUGAUUCGCAUAGAAGGUAGCCAUCAAGGAGUAGCUGAUGCAGAAAGGGAAUUAAGAGAUAUGGUAAUGAAAUUGGAAAACGAAAGGACAAAAGAGGUCUAUGUUGAUCAUAGGUACAUUAAAUCCUUGAUUGGGGUGAAAGGUGAAAAGAUAAGAGAAAUUCGCGAAAAGUUUGAACGAGUACUUAUAUCACUCCCAGACCAGGGACAGAAGAGGAGUCCUAUUAAAUUAAGAGGACCACAGGAAGAUAUUGAAAAAUGUGAGAAAUUCUUACAUAAAUUAAUGAAAGAAAUUGCAGAAUCUUCAUAUGUACAAGAAGUGCCUAUUUUCAAGCAGUUCCAUAAGUUUAUCAUUGGAAAGGGUGGUGCAAAUCUAAGAAAAAUUCGGGAUGAAACCCAGACUGUUAUUGAUCUGCCUGCUGAGGGUGAUGAUAGUGAUGUAAUUACUGUUCGAGGUAAACGGGAGAAUGUCGAAGAUGCUGUGAAGAGGAUACAACAAAUUCACAAUGAAAAAGCCAAUAUUGUAACUGAAGAAGUAACUAUUGCUCCUAAAUACUACAAUUCCUUAAUUGGUGCUGGUGGAAAACUUAUCCAUUCCAUUAUGGAGGAAUGUGGCGGCGUACUUAUUAAAUUCCCUCCAGCUGAUAGCGAUAGUGACAAAGUAAUAAUCAGGGGCCCUAUUGAAGAUGUUGAAAAAGCUAAACAACAACUAUUAGCACAUGCUUCACAACGAGAACUAACUUCGCACACGGCCACUGUACGAGCGAAGCCCGAACACCAUAAAUUCCUUAUUGGAAAGAAUGGUGCUAACAUCAAAAAAAUUCGAGAGCAAACUGGCGCCCGAAUCGUUUUCCCCACAGAAAAAGAUGAAGAUAAGGAAGCCAUUUUCAUAAUUGGUCGCGAAGAUCAAGUGGAGGCAGCGCGCAAGCAGUUGGAAACAGCAGUUUCAGACAUUAGCAAUGUGUCGGAAGGCGAGAUGUCUGUGGACCCGCGCCACCACCGGCACUUCGUGGCGCGACGCGGGGAGGUGCUGCGCCGCAUCGCCGACGAGUGCGGCGGCGUGCAGAUAUCCUUCCCUCGCCAGGGAGUGGCCAGCGACCGGGUUGUACUCAAGGGCCCUAAGGAAUGUAUUGAAGCGGCCAAGAUCCGAAUCAACGAAAUUAUUGAAGAUUUGGAAGCAAAGGUUACAAUUGAGUGCAUUAUACCACAAAAACAUCAUAGAACAGUAAUGGGCGCGUCUGGUGCUAAAGUAAAGGACAUAACUGCGGAAUUUGAUGUGCAAAUUAAGUUCCCAGACCGAGACCCAACUAAGGGUGCUGACAUUCCAGUGAGAAAUGAUGAGAGCUCUGAACCUGGGCCUAAUGAUAUUAUUAAAAUAACAGGUCGCCCCAAAAACUGUGAAGAUGCUAAAAAAGCUCUGCUUGAUCAGGUUCCAAUUACCAUUGAUGUUGAAGUGCCAAAUGACUUGCAUAGACUGCUGGCUGGUCAAAAGAGGAGAGACUUGAUGCAGACCUAUGAUGUACAUAUCUUGAUGCCGCCUAAUGAUGAAGUUACUGAUAUUGUCAAGGUGACUGGCACCCCAACUAAUGUUGAAAGAGCCAAACAAGCUCUUACUGAGAAAAUUGUGGAAAUGGAACAAGAGAAAGAAGACCGAUUACUCAGAUCAUUUGAGUUGAAAUUCGAAGUUGACCCUGAAUACCAUCCUCUUGUUAUUGGUAAGGGUGGAUCAGUGAUUUCAAGGAUUCGUGCUGAUUUUGGAGUACAAAUUAACUUGCCAAAGCGCGGAGAACCCGACGCGAACAUUAUUACCAUACAGGGAUAUGAAGAUAAGGCUAUACAAGCUAAAGAAGCCAUUAUGGCUAUUGUGCAUCAAUUGGAUAACCAAUAUAGAGAGGAGGUAGAAAUUGACCCUCGCGUUCACAGACGACUUAUUGGUCUCAAAGGCAAAAAUAUUCGUCGUAUUAUGGAUGAUUUCAAAGUUGACAUUCGUUUCCCGAAGCAGGGCGAUGACAAUAUCGUCAUUAUAGCUGGAGAAGAGAACAAUGUUCUCGAUGCUAAAGAUCAUCUAUUGAUAUUAGCAGAGGAAUAUUUGCAAGACGUAGUGGAGCGCUACCAGCGGCCGGCGGCGCCGUCGCUCGCGGACUUCGGCGAGGUGCUGAGCGGCGAGAGCGCGAGCAACGCGCCGCCGUCCACCGGCUUCGUGGUGAAGGGCGGGCCGUGGGAGCAGCGCGCGCCCGACACGGCGUCCACGCACGAGUUCCCCACCAUGCCGGGCGGCCCGCGCGCCGCCAACCCGCCCGCCAGCGCGCCGCCCGCCUGGGGCCCGCGCCGCUAACCGGCCGACACCCCGCCGCUACCGUAGCCCCGCCGCAGCAGUGCGGUCCACGUGUCUCGGGGGAAUUCAGAUGAGAUACGGCGGUAUUGUACCCGUUUCAGUUUAAUAUACUCCUUCAAGGUCAUAUCUUCACGUAGAAUGGACGGAAAAACAACUUACUCUUCUAGAAAUUAGAAUAUGUAUGUCAUAAUAUAAUUAUUGCUUUCAUUUUGUCUUUGUUAGAAGGCCUUGAUAUCAUAUUUAAAUAUAUUAUGUUUUUUAAUUCUAUUUCCGCAUGAAUUCUCUUUUUUAUUUCUCGUAUUUUUUUUUGUGUAACAUACUAGUUUUCCUCACUUUUUAUUAUUGGGUCUACUGUUGAUAGACAAACAUAAUAUUCGCUUAAAGGUAGGGUUACGGUUGCGAAUGCAAACAUCGACGUUACAUUGUCGAGAUCACGAUGGGCCUUAUGUCUUCCCGCCCACACGAGCUCUGUACACACGUUAACCACUCUGGAGAAACCAUCACUUUUUAUGGUCUCUGUUUUACAAAAAUGACUUCAAUUUCAUCGAAUAAUCAACGUAAGGCUGACGUGUGUAAAUAGCUUGAAUACGCUAUGGUCUUUUGAUCAAGCCUAACAUACAAUAUAUAACAUACAAUUUUAUAAACUCACUUUAUUGCGAAACUGUAAUUAUUAACUUUAAAUGAUAAUAAUGAUCGUAAUUACCUGUUAUCUUUAUUUACGUUCCAUAAUAAGUUUUUCUCAAUAUUAUUACGCCUUGUUCUGUGUUCAAUAAAAUGUCACUAUUUCAGCACGAUUCAAAUCUACAACAUGAUGUAUAAUAGAUUGUUUACUGUGCCGAAUUACGCCAUACCCCGUUGUAUUUUGUUUUAUGUUUAGUUAAAAUAUAGAUGUAAUUUAUGAUUUUAUAAUAUAUGCCAUUAUUUGAGAUGUUUAUCAUGAUGGUUUGAUUGAUGCAUAUGCAUAAUAAAUAUUUUAAUAUAUUAUGGAAAUAUAUGAUAAUGUUAUAUUUAAUAAUAAUAUCAUGAAUAAAUAAUGUUAAUGUGGUUAAAUAUCAAAAUUAUAAAUCAUGAUUCGAAUUAUAUUUGCUUGUAUUCAAGGAAUCCUGGAUAAUUGUAUUCACGACCCAUGACUUCAAAUUUUUAUGAAUUAAUUUUAAUGUGAUGUGGAAUAUUCAUAAUAUAUUUAACCACGUUACGUACACGAUAUUUGUCAUGUACUUAUUGGACGAAAUAAAUGUAAUGGAAUAGAUUUACAUAUAUCAUGUUUUUUUAUGUUUUUAGAGCAUUGCCUAAUACAAUGGAUUGAUAAAUCAUAAGACAAGAAUUAAUAUUUUUACAAAGUAAUUUGUACAUAGAUAAUUGUGUUUGAAAUAUUAAUAAAAACUUUUACAUAAA